AUGUGUGAUUGCGGUAAUAAUUCUGUGGUGGUACGCCACACCCUCGCUUGCCUCCUCUCUGCUGCUCUCCCUCGUCGCCCGCUCACCACCGCACCCUCUCCUCUGCGGUCGGGCAAAAUGUUGGUCCCCAAAAAGAACCGUCUCUUGGUCUACAAGUACCUCUUCAGCGAGGGAGUCCUGUUCGCGGAGAAGGACUUCAACCUGCCCAAGCACCCCGAGCUCGAGGUCCCCAACCUGCAAGUGAUCAAGCUGAUGCAGAGCUUCAAGUCGAAGGGGUUUGUGCGCGAGACGUUCGCGUGGCGGCACUACUACUGGUACCUCACCAACGAGGGCAUCGAGCACCUCCGCGACUACCUCAACCUCCCCUCCGAGAUCGUUCCCGCCACCCUGAAGAAGUCCUCCCGCCCGCCCGGCCGCCCCAUGGGCGCUGGCGGCGACCGCCCCCCCCGCCGUUUCGAGGGUGGACGGGGCUAUGGGGACCGCGAGGGAUACCGCGGGUACGGUGCUGGUGGUGAUGACAAGGCCGGUGCUCCGGGCGCAUACAAGCCAGCCUUCAGGGAGGCGGAGGAUCGCGAGGCACAGAGGCAGAUGGUGCGCGCGGCGGUGGAGCGAUGGCGGAAGGAGCAGCGGGCGCGCGACAAGCGGGAGAUGAACGAAUCCAUGCCGAACACGCAGCCGCCCAAAGGGGAGCGGUUCCUGCUGGGCCCGAAGAUAACUGACUGGGACGAGCAGCGCGCGGACUAUGUGCGGAAACACCCCGGUUGCAACGAGACGCGGCAGGGCAAGGCGCGCGUGAUGCUGGUGACGGGGUCGCAGCCGGGCGUGUGCGACAACGACGUGGGCGACUUCCUGCUGCUCAAGUCGCUCAAGAACAAGCUCGAUUACUGCUCGCCGCGAGACAUCCAGAUCUACUACAGCACGGCCAUUCUGGAUCGCUCUAUGGACUCGUUCUGGAUCUACUACAGCACGGCCAUUCUGGAUCGCUCUAUGGACUCGUUCUGGGUGAAGCUGCCGCUGCUGCGCAAGCUGAUGCUGUCGCACGCCGAGGUGGAGUGGUUCUGGUGGAUGGACUCCGAUGCUGUUUUCACAGGUGAGGGAGUGGUGUGUAGUGCGGUGCAGCGCGGUGAAAGCCGGUUUGAAGAGGUGCUGGGAGUGCGUUGCAGAGGGUGCUGGCUUACUGUAAGUGCUGUACAGGAGGGGAAGCUGAUGCUGUCCCACGCCGAGGUGGAGUGGUUCUGUUGGAUGGACUCCGGUGCUUUGUCCAUGGUUCGGGACAUGACGUUUGAUGUGCCGUUUGAGAAGUACGAGCCACACGUCCACAUGGUGAUGCACGGAUAUGACUCGCUGGUCUAUGGCAAGAAGGACUGGGUGGGGCUCAACGCUGGCAUCUACCUUAUCCGAAACUCGCAGUCUGUGACUUUUGAGUCGACUCAAAACGAGGUGUCUUUUGAGUCGACUCCAAUGUCACCAGCACCCUCCCCGCCUCCUGUUGAGCUCCAUACCCGCGUCUCCAGAAUGCCCUGUGGCCAUCUCUUCGCUUACCAGUCUGUGACUUUUGAGUCGACUCAAAUCGAGGUGUCUUUUGAGUCGACUCAAAACGAGGUGUCUUUUGAGUCGACUCCAAUGUCACCAGCACCCUCCCCGCCUCCUGUUGAGCUCCAUACCCGCGUAUACACACGGCCCUGUGGCCAUCUCUUCGCCUACAAGUCUGAGUCUUCUGUUGGCUCAGUCCGGAGUGAAGGGGGUGUGCCUUCGCUUGCUCCAAUUCCUCCUCUCAUGCCUUCCUCUCGCAUCUCCUUGCUUCCCCCCUCUUCUCUCUCUCCCAUUUGGUCGCUUGGCUUCAUGGAGGACUUGGCGCAGUUCGGAGUGAAGUGGUCGCUUGACUUCAUGGAGGACUUGGCGCAGUUCGGAGUGAAGGGGCCGAUGAGGGACGCAGCAGGCGUGAAGCUGUUCAAGGAGCUCUCUGGAGACGAUCAGAGCGCCAUAGUGUGGAUGAUGGCUUGCCACCCGGAGAAAUACGCCAAGGGCAUCUACCUGGAGAACACAGGAACCCGCCCCAUGUUUGAGGGAGAUGAUCAGAGCGCCAUAGUGUGGAUGAUGGCUUACCACCCGGAGAAGUACGCCAAGGGCAUUCACCUGGAGAGCUCGUUCAUGCUGCACUCCUUCUGGCCCACCAUCACGCCACACUACGAGGAGCUGAUGGACAAGCACCACCCGGGUUACGAGGAGCUGAUGGACAAGCACCACCCGGGUACACGUUCUCCUCCCUCCACACCUGACAGUUACGAGGAGCUGAUGGACAAGCACCACCCGGGCAACGAGGAGCUGAUGGACAAGCACCACCCAGGCUACGAGGAGCUGAUGGACAAGUACCACCCGGGUUACGGAGACCACCGGUGGCCGCUGAUUACCCACUUUGUGGGGUGCAAGCCGUGCGGCAAGAUCGGGCAGAUUGAGUACGAGGAGACACAGCGAUGCGUGGAGAACAUGGAGAGGUGGGUGCAUGGAUGGGUGAGAGCACUAGUGAGAUGCUAG